AUGUCUAGAAUCCGUGCUGCCUGUGUGAUAAUCGGCGAUGAGGUUUUGAAUGGGAAGAUCACAGACACUAACUCCAGUUUUUUUGCCAAAUACUGCUUUAAGAACGGAAUCAAACUGGAGCAAAUCGUUACUAUCGGUGACAAUGAGGAGCAGAUAAUGGAUACCAUGUGUGACUUGAAAAAUAAAUAUCAGUUCAUAGUGACUAGUGGUGGAAUAGGAAGCACACAUGAUGACAUCACUUACGAAUCUAUUGCCAAGAGUUUCAAUCUGCCCUGUUCCAUAAACGAAGAAUUGAAAAAGAGAAUGCAGGAAAGAUCCCAUCCAGAGAACAGGCUACAUGGUCAGGCGUUGCAUGAUUAUUAUAAAAUGGCAACUUUGCCCUCUGGUCCCACUGUGAAAAAUUAUUACAUCGCGGAUGACCUUUGGGUCCCAGUGUGUUGCAUCGACACCAAGGUAUUUAUCUUCCCAGGUAUCCCUCAGCUGUUUGAACGGAUGAUCAACUCAAUGACCCCAAUCCUUAAAAACCUGUUCCAUAUGUCAGACAACGAUUGCUCCUUCGUAAGAUAUUACGUUAAGACACCACUAUCUGAAUCACAGAUAGCACAUACUCUCAAACUUAUUCAAGAAGAAUCGACCGCCGUGUCUCAGGAGAUCAAAAUUGGCUCGUACCCUCACUUCGGGAUGGGAUUCAAUACGAUUAGUAUUUUGGGAGAGCAGAAAGAUGACGAGUACUUGAAACGCAUCGUCACUCGUGCUGUAAACGAGCUGCAGGGGGAAGAACUCUCAGGUGACAUGGAGGAGAAGUAUUCCGACGAGAGGUGA